AUGCACACCACGGGCCUUUACUGCUAUCGCACAUGGGACGGCUGGGCAUGCUGGGACGACACCCCUGCCGGGACCACGGUGUACUCCCCCUGCCCACAGUAUGUGUCCAAAGAGUGGGAUCCCCUGGCGCAAGCGUACAAAGAAUGCACAUCCAAUGGCACGUGGUGGAGACGUCCCGACACUGGCGCCGUCUUUACUAAGUAUUUCAACUGCAUGGACGAGGAAAAGAUGACGGAAAACAAGAGCGCAGUGUACGUGUAUCUAGCCGGGUAUGGUGUAUCCACGAUGGCCAUACUCAUCUCUUUGGUCAUUUUCUUCGCUUUCAAGCAGCUUCACUGCGACAGGAUUACAAUCCAUAAGAAUCUCUUUGUGUCCUACGUGUUAACGGGUGUGGGCUGGAUUAUCUACUACCUGAAGGUGCCCCUAGAUCACGAUGUGAUAGUGGCUAACCCGUUUUGGUGCCAGGGCUUACACGUCCUUGUGCAGUAUCUCACCGUGUGUAACUACUUCUGGAUGUUUUGUGAAGGGCUGUAUCUACACACAAUCAUAGUGGUCGCGUUCACCACCGGGAAGGCGUUGCUCAUAUGUUGCUGCGUUAUAGGAUGGGGUUUACCUGCGGUCAUCACUUUUAUAUACGCCUCUAUACGUGGUAUUUUGCGGGACGCUACCCACGAAUGUUGGAUAAUUAACAGUCCAUAUUUUUGGAUUCUAAAUGGAACGGUGGCAUUUUCCUUGUUACUCAACUUGGCAUUCUUGUGUAACAUAGUGCGAGUGCUGAUGACGAAACUGAGAGCUGUCAACUCCCCUGACACCAAUCAAGGCAGAAAAGCGGUGAGAGCUACGUUGAUCCUGAUACCUCUGCUGGGACUACAGUUCGUUCUGUUCCCUUUCACCCCUUCAGAUAGCCACACAAAAACGUACUACUUGAUUGCGUCAGCAUUUGUGACAUCAUUCCAGGGUUUCUUCGUGGCACUAAUUUAUUGCUUCUUGAACAGCGAGGUCCUUACGGUGCUCCGCCGGAAGUGGGAGCAGUACAAACUGAUGCGGGGUUCACAGGACUCCAGCAGCUCCCCACGGCGUCCGAGCAGCACGUAUUACACCAGUGCCGAGGUAACCGCACACGCUUCCUCCUCUAAGCUCAAACACAAACGAUCCACCGUGGCCACAUUACACCCCAGCCCCAGCCACAGCGAGCAGCACAGCACUUGCGAAUGCCUCUGAGCGGCUCUUUGUACCGUGGUGUAUUACAGUCUAUGAGAAGCCCACUACCGCUGUGGAAAUGUCAACCCUGCAUAACAACGCAUGAAGCUACCAUAGAUGGCGAGUUCAUCAACAUGGGAGACAAGAAAAGCCACAAGUGUUUUGCCAGCAUACAGCAUAUGUUGAUGCACCAUGCUUUGUAGGCAAUGAAACGAUAUCGCCACCACUUGAUCAGUCAAGAAUACAAACAGCGGGUGUAUUUAUUUUAUUUAAUAUAUAUUUAAUAUCGUCGAGCUUUUGUCCAACGUCAUUUAUUUGUCGGAAGAAUGACUGUUAAUAUAACGAUGAAAAAAUUAAUUCACUAAUGGUGAAUGAUCAGCAUUAACAUAAUUGUAGGCUUUGUGCACAGCCAAGUUGAGGCUUCCCUGACUAGACGCGUCUCAAAUAUCUCGCGGACCACUUGAACGCAUGUCGCGUAAUCCCUGCAGGGACGGCGCCAGCGGGAGGCGGGAAAUACAUAAUGGUAUUGCGCGGCAUGUUUUCAAGUAUGCGCCAUAUUUGAAUAGCGACUCUGUAAGGCUGCAGCCCAACUUGAGAGUGAACCGAAACUUAUAUUAACAUAAGUGUUUAUUAAUUACGGUAUAUUGUACUGUACUUGUAUAUUUUUGGUAGACCUCGCAUCCAACGUGCUACAUUGGGCCGACAAUUCGUCCGUUAUAUGCGUUUACCGUUCUAGGGAACGUACCGUUAU